UUAUACACUAUUGAUAUACCCCUCCCCAAACCUCCCAGACUGCCGCACUCCCGACGUUAGCAUCCAGGUCAGGGAAGGAUGACGGUGGACAUUCAUUCCCCUCAACAAUCGGUCAGCGAGCGCAGAGGCCAGCAAUUGGCCCCCUUGCAAACCAACUUCAGCCGGCCAACCGCGCGACCAGUGCAGGUCGUACCUACAAGGCCGUCGCGUCCACGGCCGACGGACUACCAGACCGAUGGGGAAUCAGGCGAGCGAGUCCCGUUGCAGGCGACCCCGGUUAAGCGCCAGACAUCCAAAUCCAGCCUGCGGAACAUCUUCGGGCGCGAGAAGUCUUCGCGCAAGCAACAACCCGUAGAGGCCAAGCUCUCGGGCAUCGACGAGGUACACCAGCACGGGACGCCCGCUGCUUCCGAGACGGCACCAGCGCCCCAUUCACCCACAACUACUUCCACGCCCAAAACGAUUGCCUCAACGGCGACAAUCCCUACAUCUCCGACGGCGAGCUCGCUUCGCCCCAAGCUGCCCGCGAAAUCUCGCACAAAAUCCAGCGAAGAGAAGCCCCCAGCGGGCGAGCUAGGAUGGAAGCCUCCCCCACUUUUCCAGGCAUAUCCGCAGUCCAUCAAGCAUGAUUGCCUCCCAGUUCCUGCCAUGUCGGUGGACGCUAUCAUGCGCCUGCAAGCUACAUCGAAGGCGAAGGCUGGUGGCUCUCGUGACGAAGAGCCAUCCGCGGAGGACCCUGCGUCGAGGAAGAAAAAGGAGGAUAAGGAAAAGAAAAGACACAUGCGCACCCUGUCGGAGACUAUUAACAAAAUCGAGUGGACCCAAAAGGUCUAUGUGCUAGCCACUGCUGGGUAUAUCCUGCAGUACUCUGGCCAAGGGAAACACGAUCGCCUGCCGGAGAAAAUGCUACAGCUUGGUCCUCGGUCAGUCGCAUUCGCUAGUGAUGCAAUCCCUGGAAAGCAUUGGGUGCUGCAGGUGUCACAGACCGACGAAGAUGGCGUUGAUGUGACCAAAUCUCAUCGUUUUCGUUUUGGGUUCCACAGAUCACACACUCGGCGGGUGGAGCGCUGCUUCCUACUGGUUUUCGACCACCCAGAAGACAUGAGCUCUUGGCUCUUGGCUGUCCGUGCUCAGAUCGAGGCUCGGGGCGGCAAGAAGUAUGUCUCUGAAAAGGCCGAGGACGAGGACGCGGAGACUCAGUUGGAGGCUAAAUCUACUGUCCGCCAAUUGGUAACCAAGGACCCGAACAGAUUUUCCACCUUGCUGCAACCCCAACAAUCACUGUCUGGAGAGGAGAAGGACCCAGGAGUCAGUGACCACUCCCGCCGGAGCUCCUAUGUCUCCCUCAAUCGCCGUUCAAUAGUUCUGCCCCCGGCGCCCGAGUCUCGUUCCGGGUCAGUGUCCACUACCCAUACGGAGAUCACGUCGCCUGUCAGUGGGACAGGGACUGGUCGCUUUUACUCGUCGGUACCUAUUGCGAGCAUCCCCGCCGCGCCCUCUAAUGGCAAUGCGGCAGCAGUUUCCGUUGAAAGCCCGAUUUUCACGAGCCCGAAGCGGCGAUCGUUGCAUAUGCCGUCACCCUCGACGGCAAAGACGGCUGCGGAGCUAGCUGCUGAGAUCCCUCGGGCUCAGUCGACGCAGCCAGACCCCUUGUUUCGCAGCACCUCACCGCCAGCCCCGAACUUCAGCGUGCCAUCGUUCAGCAAGAGAUUCACGGCAAGAUUCGGUCCUCUCCAGGUUCCCCAAACCUCGCAACUGCCUCCAGCUCUGGAAGAAACAGCCGGUAAGGAUCCUCCUGCGGCUGCGGCGCUUUCUUCCUUCCCUUCUCCACCACAAUCUCCUGGCAAACUCAAGAACGGGUUCCCGCAGGAGGCAGCAAACCCACAGCAGUGGCCGCUUCAUCAGGGCCAAGCCAAGAGACCACCACUGCGGGCUUCCAGCUCCCAAGACUCACUGGCUGACCCGCAUCGAAUGGUAGAACCCAAGGGUAACCGACUAUCUCGCCUUCCCCGCAACAUGGCCCCAGUCCCACGGCCAACAACUGCUGUCAGCGAAGGGCCUGCCCCACAGCCGCAAUUCGGCCCCGAGGGAGGUAAUGCGCGCCGCGAGCAAUCGCGACCCCGGGGAUCGAUGAUGUAUCAGCCCGACCCCAGCGCCCGUUUACCGCCAGUAUCCAUGGGCCGUCGGAAGAGCAUGCCGGGGCUCAUCGGGCCACCUGCCGCGCCUCCCCCGAACUGCCCCCUCCCCAAAAUCCCCUCCCCUGUCGACCCGCAGCCUCCCAACUGGAACGAGCCCCCCGCAGACCUGCGCCAGUGCAUCUCCCCUCCACCGCUGACCACGAUCCGGGAACAACGGAAGAGUAUGGCCCCAGCCCUGGCUGGCCAUGGCCAGAGCACGCCUCGCAGCGUCUCCCGACAGUCCAGAAUGCCUCCCAUCUAGCUGUCCUUGCUCUCCCCCUCUUCUUCUUCCACUUAUCUACUACCUACCUACAUUCGCAUGGGGGGGUUUCCACGCCUCGUCCGAGUCGAUCCCUUUCCCCCUCUCCUCCCAUCCUUUCCUUAUGCUUCCACGUCGCCACGGCACGACUCCCUUCCGUCGACUUUGAUAGUCGACGAGGUCGAUCAUAGUAUCAUCACAUUCCAUUAUAUUACAUUACAUAGCGAACCAGCGUGUGUUUAUUUAUUUUCUUAUCGCUCUUUUUCUUUUGUAUCUUUCUCCAGUCAUACUUCCUGA